CCCAGUUGUUGUCCUUGUUCGCAGCCGGCGUCGCGCAUUCCACCCACCACGCCCGCCCCCAACCCACCUUUGGUGCUUUGUAGGAGAUGAGCGGCGGCGUCACCGAGACGCAGGCGCCGGCUGCGGCCGAGCUGCUCCUCGAGCUCGCCGCCUCCGACGACCUCCCGGCCUUUAGGCGGGCCGUGGAGGACCAUGGCCAUCCCCUCGACGCCGCCGCUCCCUGGUACUGCCGCCGCUCCGGCGGCCGUGGGAUGGGCCUCCAGCAGCGGACCCCGCUCAUGGUCGCCGCCCUCCACGGAAGCACCGCCGUCCUCGAGUAUGUCCUUGCCGCCUGCCCUUCCGAAGUCCUCCGCUGCUCCUCCUCCGACGCCGCCACGGCCCUCCACUGCGCGGCCUCCGGCGGCGCCACCUCCUCUCCCACCGCCGUAGAGCUCCUCCUCGCCGCCUCCGCCGACGUCGACGCCCUCGACGCCGCCGGCAACCGCCCCGGCGACGUCAUCGCGCGGCAAAUCCCCGCCCCCGUGGCCAGAUCCCUCGAGGUGACCCUCAAGGCGCCGUCUUUUCCGAGGGUUCCCUCGCCGGGGAAGGGAGGAGAGGCGAAGCAGGGGGAGAAGAAGGAGUACCCGCCGGAUUCUACCCUCCCGGACAUCAAGAACGGGAUCUACUGCACGGACGAGUUCCGGAUGUACACGUUCAAGGUGAAGCCCUGCUCGCGGGCCUACUCCCACGACUGGACCGAAUGCCCCUUCGUCCACCCCGGCGAGAACGCCCGCCGCCGCGAUCCGAGGAAGUUCCUCUACAGCUGCGUCCCUUGCCCCGAAUUCCGCAAGGGGUCGUGCCGCAACGGCGAUGCCUGCGAGUAUGCCCACGGCGUGUUCGAGAGCUGGCUCCACCCGGCCCAAUACCGCACCCGCCUCUGCAAGGACGAGGUCGGAUGCAACCGUCGCGUCUGCUUCUUCGCCCACAAGCCGGAGGAGCUGCGCACCGUGAACCCGAUGGCAGCGUCCGUCACCGGGAUGGUGACCCCGUCGCUCGGUCUGUCAUCGCCACGCCUUUCACCUCUUGAUAUGGCCACGGCUUUGCUGCUGAUGCAGCAGCAACAGCAGCCUGGGUCGCCUAUGUCGCCAUCGGCUUUGUCGAGUUCGGCAGCUGCGGCGGCGUGGAUGAGCCAGCACGGCAGUGCAACGCCGCCUCCAUCGUUGCAGCUGGCGAGCAGCAGGCUCAAGGCGUCGCUUAGUGCUCGGGAUAUGGAAUUUAACCUCGAUAUGCUCGGAUUGGAAGGGUACCAGCAUAAGCUGAUCGAUAACAUCUCGGCCUCUCCUCGGGCCAACUGGGGGAAGAACAGCUUGGUCGCUGCUGCUUCAGGCACAAGGUCGUCAGAAUUUACCGACCCACUGGGACCUCUGAAUCCAUCAUUGCUAGCUCAAUUUCAGGGGCUUUCUAUGAAGCAAACGGUGCCUCAGUUCCAAUCUCCCACUGGAAUCCACAUGCCUCAGUUAUCAGGGUACGGAGGCAACCUGCCUUCUUCCCCUCCGACGGCUGUGACACCAAUACUAGGGGGGGCUGACCAUUCCAUGGCCAAGGCGAUCAUGAAUUCAAGAGCAGCCACCUUUGCAAAACGCAGCCAGAGCUUCUGUGAUCGUGGGGCGGCAGCCGGUCGCCAACCCACACUCUUUGCUACAACAAACGCUGCAGUGGCAACAGAGUCGGCACUGUCCGACUGGGGAUCGCCGGAUGGUAAAUUGGAUUGGGGUGUUCGAGGAGAAGAGCUGAACAAGCUGAGAAAGUCUGCAUCUUUUGACUUCCGCGACAAACAUAACACUAGUGGAGCGUUAUCUACUGCAUCUGCAGCUCUGGACUUGGAUGAGUCUGAUGUGUCUUGGGUGCAAUCUCUUGUGAAGGAUGGCCCGGUUCCAUUAGGAGGGCGGAUUGACAUGGGCAAGCAGCAAAACGAGCACCAAACUAAUGGUGAGGGUGACUUCUACUGUCCUGAGAUGUUCUCUGCAGGAACCAAACAGGAGAAGCUAAUGGCAUAGAGGAUGCCCUGGCUGCUGAUAACUUGCUUGAUCUGACCUGUUCUUUCCUCAAAAUUAUAUUUGUUCACUUCAUAUCAUUUUUAGGAGGGCUUGCUCAUGAAGAAGAUGGGAAGCCCAAGGUGCAAGUUCUUUCAUUCAUAGAUUACUAAGAAGAUGGAUAUAAACAUAGAUGGUAAUUAGGUUUUACAAAGGUAUAAGCUUUUUAUUCUUGUCAGGGUUGUAUUCUUCAGUUAUAUCAAAUGCUUUUUGUGUUAACAC